AUGACUCCUUCAGGGCUGAAAUGGAGGGGAUCGGAGCGCCUUUCCAGUCUCUACCGCUCCGCGCUGCAGAAUUCUCGCUAUUUGAAAUUCGUCCUAGCUUCGCUCACCACCAACGCUGCUUACAGCGAUGUCGGAGAAGCGAUACUCGAGAAUGUGAUGGUUCCUAUUGGCAGAUUCGCAGAAAAGAACUGCAAACGAUUCGGCUUUUUGUUCAUUUUCCUUGUUGUUGGAAUGGUUUCUUUCGUUAACUACGUCUACUUCGUUUACAUGCGGCGAAUCAUCACCGAUUUCGACUUCUUCUUCGGCCUCUUCGUCAACCUGCACAUGUUGUUCAACUAUUUCAACGCUUCCUUCCGCGAUCCCGGCUACACUUCUUCCCGCUCCUACUUCUCCAGCCGCAACUGCUCGAAAUGUCUCUUCCCGAAGCCGACUGGCUCGCACCACUGCUCUGUCUGCGCCAAAUGCGUCAUUCAGAUGGACCACCACUGUCCCUGGAUCAACAACUGCGUCGGCCAUUUCAACCGGCGCUACUUCUUCAACUUCUGCCUCUGGACGACGAUCGGCUGCGGCUACUUCUCGCUGGUCGGCUAUCCCUACCUUCGCUGGUCGGAAUGGCCCUCGCGCAAAAUCUACCGACGCUUCGACUCCGCCUUCUACUUGUGUUUGUUGAUCACGCUGGCUCUCGGCGCCCUCACCGCCUAUCACAUGCUCCUCAUCUCCAAAGACCAGACCACGCUUCAGCGAAUGCGUCCGACAAAGGCUCCUUCUCCGCGCAGCCGCUGCUUCGAGAACUGGCUCAAGUUCUACAACAUCCGUACCUAUGCCCAUUUUUUCACCCGAUUUCUGAUUCCUUCAACUCAUUUGCCAAUCGACAGCGGUGUCCCGGAGAAUUCGAGCCAUGCAGCCUUACUUGAAAUUGUCUGA